UCCCAGGAGAGACCACUGCUGCGGGGGGCGGAGGAGGAAGGCUGUCCCGGGAGAGACCACUGCGGGGUGGGGGGGCCGCCCGGAUCCGGUGUCGCUCGCCGGGGCCGGCGGCGUUGUCGGUGUCGGUGCCGGGGCAGCGGGAGGCGGCGCCCGGGCGGGAACACCGGGAAUAACGCUCGGUCCUUCAGCUGCUGCCGGCUGCGGAGCGCACAGCCCGGGCGUGCGGAGCGGCGGAGCCGAGCUGAGCGGAGCGGCCGGGCCCGGCGGCGGGGCCGAUGCCGAGGAGGAGCUGACAGCGGCGGGGGAAGCGGCGAGGCGGACGCGGAAAUGGAUGUACGGUCGGGAGUGGCCCUGUGGGUGCUGUGCGGCCUCCUCCUGCAGCAGGGCCGCGGGGAGCGGUCCCCCGGCUCCCACCUGGACGAGAGCGCCAUCGCAGAAUUCUGCCGCAUCGACAAGCCCCUGUGCCAUGAUGAAGACGAGCAGCUCAGCUUCGAGGCCGUCCGCAACAUCCACAAGCAGAUGGAUGAUGAUGCCAACGGCAACGUGGACGUCGAGGAGAGCGAUGAGUUCUUGAGGGAGGACUUAAAUUACCAUGACCCAACAGUCAAGCACAGCACCUUCCAUGGGGAGGACAAGCUCAUUAGUGUGGAAGAUCUCUGGAAGGCCUGGAAGACAUCUGAAGUGUACAACUGGACUGUGGAAGAGGUGGUUCAGUGGCUCAUUACCUACGUGGAGCUGCCACAGUAUGAAGAGACCUUCCGAAAGCUGCAGCUGAGCGGACAUGCCAUGCCCAGGCUAGCAGUGAACAAUGCCACCAUGAUGGGAAGUGUCCUGAAGAUGACAGAUCGAAGCCACAGGCAGAAGCUGCAGCUGAAGGCUCUGGACACGGUGCUCUUUGGGCCUCCUCUCCUGACUCGACACAACCACCUGAAGGACUUCAUGCUGGUGGUGUCCAUUGUCAUUGGAGUGGGUGGCUGCUGGUUUGCCUACAUCCAGAAUCGCUACUCGAAGGAGCACAUGAAGAAGAUGAUGAAGGACCUGGAGGGACUCCACCGAGCUGAGCAGUCUCUCCAUGACCUUCAGGAAAGGCUGCAGAAGGCUCAGGAGGAGCAUCGCUCCGUGGAGGUGGAGAAGGUGCACCUGGAGAAGAAGCUGCAGGACGAGAUCAGCAUCGCCAAGCAGGAGGCCCAUCGACUGCGGGAGCUGCGGGAGGGCACCGAGAACGAGCUCAGCCGGCAGAAGUACGCUGAGCAGGAGCUGGAGCAGGUCCGCAUGGCGCUCAAGAACGCGGAGAAGGAGCUGGAGUCCCACUGCAGCUGGGCUGCGCCCGAGGCCCUGCAGAAGUGGCUCCAGCUGACCCACGAGGUGGAGGUCCAGUACUACAACAUCAAGAAGCAGAAUGCCGAGAAGCAGCUGCUGGUGGCCAAGGAAGGGGCUGAAAAAAUCAAGAAGAAGCGAAACACCCUGUUUGGAACGUUCCACGUUGCUCACAGCUCGUCUCUGGAUGAUGUUGAUCAUAAAAUCCUGACUGCAAAGCAAGCACUGAGCGAGGUGACGGCAGCGCUGCGGGAGCGCCUGCAUCGCUGGCAGCAGAUCGAGCUGCUCUGUGGCUUCCAGAUCGUCAACAACCCCGGGAUCCACAGCCUGGCAUCAGCCCUCAAUAUCGACCCCAGCUGGAUGGGCACCCCCCGGCCCAACCCCUCGCACUUCAUCAUGACUGAUGACGUGGAUGACCUGGACGAAGAGAUCGUGUCUCCCAUGUCCAUACAAUAUGCAGCCUGGCUUUUCGGGCGCAGGUUCAGUGACCGCUCGUCUCUGUCCUCGGAGGACCAGUCCCUCUGGAAAUACCCCGCUCCUGCCUUGCCCAGCACAGUUCGCCAGCGCCUGGUGGACCCACAGCACGCGCAUGGAUCGCAGAGAGACUUGACUCGCUGCGACUCCGAGUCCUCCAUCCCGCACCUGAGCGAGCACCAGCGCAUCCCCAGCUCGGCGCCCAAGCUGCUGGCUGCCCGGCCCAACCUGCUGACCCGGUCCAUCGAGGAGGCUGUCCCCGGCCACCCUGCCACCGCCGCGGCCACCCCCAAUGGCGGCAGCCGGCAGGGGGAUGCCGGCGGCCUGGCGGCGCUGCCGGAGCGCCUGUCCGAGAGCCCCAUGGUGAUGAAGAAGAUGAUGAUGGUGAACCACGGCCUGGAGAAGUCGUGCAGCCUGGGGGAGGUGAGCCACCCGGCGCCCGGCAGGCUCAGCCACCCGGAGGGCUCCCGCUCCCACAGCCCCAGCUCCACCGACCCCGACACACCCUCCCCCACCUCUGACUGCCGUGCCGGCAGCGCCAAGAGCACCCGCAUCCCGCAGCUGGCUGCCAAGAAGACCGCGGGGGACGAGGACAGCAGCUUCACAGGCGACGAGGCCGACCUCGGCCAGAGCAAGAAGAAGUUCCCCCUAAAGAUCUUCAAGAAGCCCAAGAAGUAGGAAGAGGGGAGGGGGGGGAUGAGGAUCCUGCACAGGAGCGGGGCUGGGGCAGCCGCGCACCAGGAGCGCAGCAUUCCCGUGCCCCCCCCCGCGCCCUCCGGCACCUUCCCUCCCCCCCCGGCGCGGGAGCAGCCUCCGACACUUAUUUAUUUCCUCAUCUUGGAGAAGGAGAGUGAAGACGAAGGUGCUGCUGAGCGCCCCCCCCCCGCGAGGAGCCGCCCCUUCUCCCGCCGGCUGCUGCAGCCCCUUGGCUUUGCUGUGCAUGGCUUCAGCCCUCCCGCCCCGCUGCCCUCUCGGGUCUGGGCUUGGUUUCAACGUGGGUUUUAUCCUUUUUAUUGGGUUCUUUGGUCCUUCUGCAGCUUCCCACCUCUGCCCGGGGCGGGGGGAGCGGCCCCGCUCCCCGCUCGGGACCUGCCGCGUGGACAUCACAACGGUUCUUCUCGUGUCCCAGGUCCUUCCCCACACCCAGCCCCAUUGCUGAGGCUUGGCCGGAGGGGGGAGGUCCCUGUGGGUGCGCUCUCGAUAAGCAGGAGCAGGUCAAACGCCCUCUGAGAGGGGCUCUGCCCUCACUGGUACUUGUGCAUCCGGGGCGGUCACAGCACCGCAGGGUCCGUCCGCUGGAGCUCUGGGUGUGUGGGGAGUGCUGGGGGGGAGCCCUUGGCCCCAUCUUCACUUACAAGGAGAAUUUUUAAAGAGCUCCUCUGAACUGGGCAUGUCUUGGUGGGACCCUGGGGAUGCACCAGGGGAUGGGCUGUCCUCAGGGGUGCAGAGGUGGGUCCAGCCACUGCAUCCACACAAAUAGGGGCUCCAGGGUGCAGGACCCAUCCCUUGUCCCCAUGUCCCCAUUGGGCAGGGCUGGAGGGAGGGAAUGGGGGUCUCUGGCUGGGGACACGCUCCAUCCGGACGCAGGGUCAGCCCGGCUGUGGAGCCCAUGGCCUGGGCCCAGCUGCCGUCGGGCACCGGCACAGCCCACGGCGGGUCUCGGUCCAUCCCAAGCUGCUCUCUGGGGCUCAGCAGCUCCCGUCCUUCUGCGGGUCACAUCCUGCUGCUCCGAGCUCUUCUCUUGGUGUGUGUCCCCCAUCACAGGUCGGGGUGCUUCAGGGAGUCCCCAGGUCCAGGCAGUAACUGUGGCCAAGCCCAGCUCCAUCCCAGGGGUCUGCCUGUCCUGGGGAUGAGCCUCGCUCUGUCCCAGGGCUCAGUCCUGCUCCGUCCCCAGGGCUGAUCCCAUCCCUGGGGCUGAAUCCUGCUCCAUCCCCAGGAAUGAGUGCUUCUACAUCCAUAGAGCUGAUCCCUCCCUGAGGGAUGAGUCCUGCUCCAUCCCAGGGCUGAUCCCAGUGCUGGGGCUGCCAGCGGAGCCUCCAGCCACCUUCCUGCAUCCCUCAUGGUUGCUGCCUGGCACGAUGCGACCCCCUGAGCUCUGCACCAGCCGGGAGUCCCUGUCCCCUCCUGUCCCCUCCUGUUCUCCAUCCCAAUGCGUGCCACCAUCCCACACAUCCCAGGCUGUGCUGCUGCCACCCCGGCUGCUUCCCGAGGAGUAGGAGGCGGGCGGGAUGCCAGGACCCCGGCCCUGCUUUACACAGUGACAUGUGUCUGUCCCCACGGGGAGGGCUCACACAUGUCCCAUGUUCCAUAGCUGGUAGUUGACAAUCCCACUGUUGCUUUGAGAGACGUGACACAAUUCCUCUCCAUGACUAAGUGCCUGAUUCCCACGCACGGGAAGGGGGGAAUGCCCCGGGGGGGCCCUGCGGGUGCCCCGGGACAAGGGGGGGCCCAGGCUGGAAUUGCGGGUGGUGGCGGAGACCUGGAGCAGGGGGUUGGGGACCCGGCGCACGGCGACUGUUGCUGCAUCUGCCAACUCCUGAGGAUGGGUGUUUUAGGUUAUUUUAUUUGGGGGGGUCAUUUCAUAAAACUUUUAAAUCCAAUAAAGCAUGUAGUCUAUUUUACGA